AUGGCCUUCCCAGCUCGAGCGAGCGAUUGGCUCAUUCUUAGCUUACUCGUCUUGGCUUUUGUUGUCUUCUAUACGCGGAGGGAGAAACGCCAAUAUCCCCCAGGACCACCAAGCAAACCUAUCAUUGGCAAUAUUUUUGAAGUAUCUCCACGAGAAGCUUGGUUGAAGUUUAUCGACUACAAGAGGCAAUACGGAGACAUUUUAUUCUUCCAUGGACUUGGCAAUAGUGUACUUGUCCUGAGUUCCAUGAAAUCCAUCCAUGAUCUCCUCGAGAAGCGCGGCAGGAAGUACUCAGAUCGUCCAACAUUCACCGUCGUCGGAGAACUCAUGGGCCUCGAUCAGAGCAUGGCACUAUUACCCUAUGGCGACGAAUGGCGAGCUCAUAGGAAGCUCGCCCACGCUGGAUUGGGUCCGGUCGCUAUCAAGCGCUAUCACUCUAUACAGGAGGACCUCGCAGCUUUACUCUGCCAGCGACUCCUGAGUAAACCUGAAGACUUUUUCAGCCAUGUCCGCCUGUAUGUAUGUCCCACUGUCUACGACUUACAUAUGGAUUACCAGUGGAGAAAGCCGAUCAUGAAGUAUACCAUCCAUAAUAAGAUGUCGCGCCUCCCGCUGAAUAAGACAUCGAACCAGUAUAUCACCCUCGCUGAAGAAACAAUGUCGAUUAUCACUCAGGCUACGGUUCCGGGUGCAUUUAUAUGUGAUCUUAUGCCUUCUUUAAAAUAUCUUCCGUCUUGGGUUCCAUUCCAACGAGAGGCCAGCAAGGGGCGAGAAAUGAUUGAGUCUUUAGCCAGCAAACCAUUUGAACACGUAAAAAGAGAAAUGGCAUCUGGUCAAGCUCCUCCGUCUCUUACACAGACACUUUUGUCGUCAGAGGUUGAAGAUGUACCAAACUUUGAACAUCGUGUCAAAUGGACGGCAGGAGUCAUGUAUGGAGCUGGAGGUGAAUCGACAUAUGCUACGGUGUUGACAUUCAUUUUGGCCAUGGCACUUCACCCUGAGAAGCAAAGUUUAGCUCAAGCUGAACUAGACGAGGUUAUCGGUGCAGAGUGCUUCCCGCGCAUACAACAUCGCGAUAGUUUGCCCUAUGUUAAUGCUUUAGUUAAGGAAACCAUGCGAUGGCACCCAGUGGUACCUCUCGGUAUUGCACGACAAUCCAGCGAAGAAGAUUUCUAUGAAGGGUACCAUAUCCCUAAAGGAACCAUAGUAAUGACUAACGUCUGGGCCCUUGCAUUGGAAGAAAACGAGGAACACGAUCCAAAAUCAUUCAUCCCCGAGAGAUUCUUAAAAAGUGCGGCAAAGACCACUGUCGAUCCGUCAACUUACAUGUUUGGGUUUGCAAAACGGGUCUGCCCCGGCAAAGCGCUCGCGGAGAAUUCAGUGUUUAUUCUGAUCUCUGGAAUACUAUCAAUGUUCAAUAUAGAAAAAGACCCACAGGAGACGUUGAAACCUGAAUUCACGCCGGGGCUUGUAAGCUACCCAACGCCUUUCAAAUGCCAGAUCGUACCACGCUCCUCUGCGCAUGCAAAUGUGAUCACUUCGCGCGCUGCGCAAUGUUCAGGCAAAUAG